AUGCCACCCAACCCAAAUAAGCCAUUGAUCCUGUAUCUGGCAGUAUUUGAGAAUUCCAUGGGAUACGUACUCGGCCAGCAUGAUGAGUUGGGAAGGAAAAAAAGAGCUAUCUACUAUCCUAGUAAAAAGUUGACUGAAUUUUAUGUGAACUAUAAAGCUGUAAAAGGAAGUACGGUAGUAGAUUUUCUAGCCAAUAGAGCCUUAGAAGAUUACGAACCCUUAAAUUUUGAUUUCCCUGACGAAGACUUGAUGUACGUUGCAGCCACUGAAAAUGACUCUCAGAAAAACCACACUUGGAAGUUAAAUUUUGAUGGAGCCUUAAAUGCAAUAGAUAAUGGAAUCGGGACAGUCUUGGUGUCCCUAAACGGAGAUCAUUAUCCCUUCACCAGCAAAUUGAAUUUUGAUUACACAAAUAAUAUGGCAGAGUACGAAAUGACUGACGUGUUGGCUACCUUAGCUUCUAUGAUCAAAGUAAACAAACAAGAAGGCAUGAAGCCUAUUCAAAUGAGAAUUUAUAAGGCUCCGGCUCAUUUCUGCAACAUUGAUGAAGAAGAGGAAAAAGAUGGUCACCCUUGGUAUCACAAUAUAUUGCAAUAUGUGAGGAAUCGUGAGUACCCGGACCAAGCAACCGAGAAUGAUAAAAGGACGUUGAGAAGAUUGGCCAUUGACUAUAUCUUGGAUGGGGACAUCCUAUAA